UCGCUUUUGAACACCAGCUGUGGUCCACUACCAUGUGGUCACACAAUUAAAAAAUAACGUGGCUGGCGCCUGGCGUUAUUCUUUCUUUAUACCUUACCUAUGUCACGAAUAAUCAAAUCAUCUUUCACAUUUCUUUUCAGAUCGUCAAACUUUAGUAACAACAAACUGUACUUCCCUUUACUCUCUCACAUGACCAUGGCUGUGAUGAACUCCACGGUCUUCCUAGUAGUGGUUGCUCUGGUCUCCAAUGGGGCAACUUCACAGUCAACUGGAUAUACUAACCACACAGUUGGUGGUCCAGCUGGUUGGUUCUACAACAUUGCCACUAAAAAGGCUUCAUCUGAUUACUCUGCUUGGGCUGCUAAACAGACUUUCAAUCUUGGUGACUAUCUGAUAUUUAGUACAAACACCAACCAGACAGUUAUUCAAACAUACAAUGAGACCACAUAUAAGAACUGCACCAUGGAUGAGGCUUCAGAUGACACAUUUCAGUAUCAAGGAGGCAACAAUGAAUUUGGGAAAGCGAUGACAAUUGCUGUUCCAUUGACCAUCGAGGGCCAACAAUACUAUUUCUCUGAUGCUGAUGAUGGUGACCAGUGCCUGAAUGGCAUGGCAUUUAAGAUCAAGGUGGCACAUGGUAAGGGUCUCCCUCCGAGCCUCAACCAACCACCACCUCCACCCUAUGUGGAACCACCAUCCGCAGUCGAAGAUGCCGAGUCACCACCUAUCACCGUGGUAACCGAACGCCCUAACAGUGGUGUGAGGAGCAGUGCUGGACUCUUCUUGGCGGUUUCUGUACUUGUAAUGUUGGUGUUGCAUUUGGUCUGAGAUGCAAAGAGAAAUUUUAUACAGGUUCACUGGACAUAUUAAUGGAGGAGUCUUUGGUUAGUGAAUAUGAUUGGAGAGCAGAAUUUUGUAAUAUAUAUAUAUUUGCAAGAUUUAAUUUGGUGUCCAUACCACACUGAACACAUAAUUUUGAGUCUUAUAUAGGAAAAGCAAUAUAUAAUUUA